AUGUAUAAAGCCAUUUGGAAAACACACUUAUAUAAUUUUAACGUUAAUAAUUUUUUACGUCAUAAUAUAAAAACAAAACAUUGUAAUGUUUAUAAAAAUGAAAAACAAUAUUAUUCCAUAUAUAUAGAAAAUAUAAAAAAUAACCAUUCAGGCAAAUAUACAUAUUUACCACUAAAUCACAAAAAAAAUAUAUAUAAUAUUAGUAGAAAUUUAAAAAAUCUGCAAUAUCAAAAACAUUUUAGCUUUGAUUCUGGAAUAGACAAAAAUGGAAUUGUUAAACCGUUUGAGAAUGGGCAUGCAAAAAUAAGGGAAUAUAUGCUGAACAAUUCUAAUGAAUUUGUUCCUUCAGGAAUUGAAAAAGAUAAGCAAUUUCAAAACAGCAAAAAAUAUUAUAUGGACAAUAAGGAAAUAUCUAACAAAACAGAUGAAGAUAAUAAAAAAAUUGACAAAGAGGUGAAAAAUAAUAACAAAUUAUGUAGUAAAGAUGAAAAUGAGAGUGAAAUAAAAUUAGAACAGCUUUUAAAAAAAAGAAAUAUAAAAAAAGACAUAAUAAAAAUAACAGAAAAAGCUAAAUAUGAAAUAAAAAGAAUUAUUGAAAUGAAUAAUAAACAAAAUAAAAAUAAUAACUAUGUUUUAAAAUUAUAUUUUAUAGCUAAAGGAUGUAAUGGAUUAACUCAUUCAUUUAAUUUUAUAAAUAAAAAUGAUAUUAAAGAAAAUGAUAAAAUUAUUUAUGACAAUGAUAAUAAUACUGAAAAAAAAAAUAUACUUUUAGUUAUUGAUAGUAAUUGUAUUCUUUAUGUUAUAAAUACCAUACUUGAUUAUUAUAAAGAUGAUUUGACAGAAAAUUUUAUUUUUACAAAUCCAAACAUAACGUCAAUAUGUCCAUGUGGGACGAGUUUUCACUUUUAA